AAUCAGGCGAAAAAACCGCAGUAACCAGGUAAGAGAGCGAGAAAGAGAUCCCAUCCUUGCCGAAAGUUUGAAGCAGCCAGUGUUCCCGCCAGGUGAGGUGAGGCUGAGCAUUGUGGGAAUAUCAAGACUCUUUCCGGCCACAGAAAACAACAUGACAAAGGGUACCUCGUCAUUUGGAAAGCGCCACAACAAGACACACACGCUGUGUCGGCGCUGUGGCCGCUCUUCCUAUCACAUCCAGAAGAAGAAAUGUGCCCAGUGUGGGUACCCAAGCAAGAAGACCAGACGCUAUAACUGGUCGGUGAAGGCCAUCCGCAGGAAGACCACUGGCACUGGUCGCCUGCGUCACCUGAAAGUCGUGUACCGGCGGUUCAGGAAUGGCUUCCGUGAAGGCACAAAGCCCCAGCCGAAGAAGACAACCGCGCAGUAAAUGUUGCUAUCAAUAAAGAAAUAUUAAAACC